UGUGAUCUCUGUCUGUCAAAUAAAUAAAAUCUUAAAAUAAAUAAAUAAAUAAAAGAAGCUCCUUACCAGUAGUAGAGCCUCUGGGCCCCUUGCUUGUUAUAACAAGGUUGUGGGGUCAGCAGGACAGAGCUUGGCGGAGAUGAGGAGUUCGGUUCAGAGGAGUUCUAUACACCCAAGUAGUCAGUGAACCCAGCUGAGUCAAAGGCAGAGGGCAAAGACAAAACCAGAUCCCCUGGUUCCCAACUCUGCUCUCCAUAGUUCACUGUUGGGUUUGGGAUUGGAGGGGUCAACCCUACCUACCCCAUGGUAAGGAUUUCAGGGAAACGAGCAACUUUGCCUGACUGAUUCUGGAAGAACUCAAGGCAGUGGUUGGAGACAUUUCUAAUUUCUGUGGCCCCCAUUCCUUGGCCUGGCUUGUUUACCCUGUUUGACUUUAUAAGUAUCUGGCCUCCCCUGUAUCCUCAUUACACACACACACACACACAUAGACACACACACAGACACACACACACACACACACACACCCCAUAGUUUCACCUUCCUAGGAGCACCCUCGUCUCCUAGACCCUAAGGAGAGAGAUGGCAAAGUGGAACAAGGGCAGGACUAUCAUCUGAUUGUCAUAUGAACCAUCUGAGCCCGUUUCCUCAUCUGUGAAGUGGGGGCAAGAACAACAGCUUCUUUCGUCCUUGGUUAUGAGGCUCAUGGAAGACCAGAUCAUUCGCAUUCAGCGUGGAGAAUACACCAAAAGCCCUGCAGCUCCGGCUCUUCCCCCAGUUCCCACCCCUUCUCUGACAGCUCCUGCCGCCUCCCCUCUACUGCCUUACCCUCCUCCACUGCCCCCCUCACAGCCCCCCGCCUCCCCCCGUCCUUGGGGGAGGGUGGAGAGGCGGGACCUGAGUUGUUUUUCCAAGAGAAGGAAUCCGCGGUCUUAAGGUUAAUCGGGUGUUUGUGCUCAAAGAGUUCGGGGUAACAGGCAUCAGGGCCUGGGCGUGGGGUGGGGGUGGGGAGGAACUAGUCGGACCCCGGCUGGCCCCAGGAAAGGUCGUGUCAGAAAUGUGGGUGCCCUGUAUUGCGGUGCGGAGCCUACAAGGUCAGGGUAGAGGUGGAGCUCUCCGAGGUGCUGAAGUCACCGGACUCGUUCGCGGGCGCCCCAGUCGCGGACUCCCGGGCCCUCCCCUUCCGCUCCGCACAAGCAAGGUCCCAAGUCUCCAGGCCUCGACCCAUGCGAUUCCCGGAAACCUCAAGACACCACUCGCCCUCUGGGGUCUCGCUCCGGGCUCCGCCCCAGACACUGCCUGGCUGCCCCGGCUAACCAAAAUGGCGAACAUCACACCAGUCAAUGGCAGCUCGGGCAACCAGUCUGUGCGCUUGGUCACGUCCACGCAUAACCGCUACGAGACCGUGGAAAUGGUAUUCAUCGCCACGGUGACGGGCUCGUUGAGCCUGGUGACUGUCGUGGGCAACAUCCUGGUGAUGCUCUCUAUCAAGGUCAACAGGCAGCUGCAGACAGUCAACAACUACUUCCUCUUCAGCCUGGCGUGUGCCGACCUCAUCAUCGGCGCUUUCUCCAUGAACCUCUACACCGUGUACAUCAUCAAGGGCUACUGGCCUCUGGGCGCCGUGGUCUGUGACCUGUGGCUGGCCCUGGACUAUGUGGUGAGCAACGCUUCGGUCAUGAACCUCCUCAUCAUCAGCUUUGACCGCUACUUCUGCGUCACCAAACCCCUCACCUAUCCAGCCCGGCGCACCACCAAGAUGGCAGGCCUCAUGAUCGCCGCCGCCUGGGUCUUGUCCUUCGUGCUCUGGGCACCCGCUAUCUUGUUCUGGCAGUUCGUGGUGGGCAAGAGGACGGUGCCAGACAACCAAUGCUUCAUCCAGUUCCUGUCCAACCCAGCGGUGACUUUCGGCACUGCCAUUGCUGCCUUCUACCUGCCAGUGGUCAUCAUGACGGUGCUCUACAUCCACAUCUCCCUGGCCAGUCGCAGCCGAGUCCACAAGCACCGGCCCGAAGGCCCCAAGGAGAAGAAGGCCAAGACCCUGGCCUUCCUCAAGAGCCCUCUGAUGAAGCAGAGCCUCCAGAAGGCCCCGCCGGGGGACGCGGGCCCCGAGGAGCUGCGCAACGGGAAGCUGGAGGAGGCCCCUCCCCCGGCCCUGCCGCCCCCACCGCGCCCCAUGGCCGACAAGGACACUUCCAAUGAGUCCAGCUCAGGCAGCGCCACACACAACACCAAGGAACGGCCCCCCACAGAGCUGUCCACUGCAGAGGCUACCACGCCGGCCGUGCCCGCCCCUCCCCUCCAACCGCGGGCCCUCAACCCCGCCUCCAAAUGGUCCAAGAUCCAGAUUGUGACGAAGCAGACUGGCAAUGAGUGUGUGACAGCCAUCGAGAUCGUCCCGGCCACGCCCGCGGGCAUGCGUCCGGCGGCCAACGUGGCCCGCAAGUUCGCCAGCAUUGCCCGCAACCAGGUGCGCAAGAAGCGCCAGAUGGCGGCCCGGGAGCGCAAGGUGACUCGGACCAUCUUCGCCAUCCUGCUGGCCUUCAUCCUCACCUGGACGCCAUACAAUGUUAUGGUCCUGGUGAACACCUUCUGCCACAGCUGCAUCCCCGAAACGGUGUGGUCCAUCGGCUACUGGCUUUGCUACGUCAACAGCACCAUCAACCCCGCCUGCUAUGCCCUCUGCAACGCCACCUUUAAAAAGACCUUCCGGCACCUGCUGCUGUGCCAGUAUAGGAACAUCGGCACAGCCAGGUAGGCGGGCAGAGGCGCCACAGGAGGUGCUGGUGGUUGCGUGUGUGCGCUGAGCCGCGGGGGUGGUCAUGGGGGGGGUGGUCCCUCCCGUGGUGGUCGCGGAGAGGUCUGGAAAUCUGGAAGCGUCUCUCCGCCUUCCUGUUCACUGAAGAGAACUGAGGUCCCCGAGAGCCCUAUGAGGCUCAGGAAGCAGCUGUGGCGGGAUGCGGACAGACCAGAUCUCCACUCAGCACAGGCAGGAGGCUCAGCCCCAGAAGCAUCUGGAGCAAGACUGCCCCGCCCCCCCCCUCUGUUGGCCCGCCUCAGGUUGCUGGGAGUCACUGGGCUUCUGGGACACCUGGCCCACUGUGACCAACCCGGCGGCUGGGAGAAUGGACAUCUGGGGGGAGCAGAAGCCGGGGAUCCCUGUGGGAGGAGCAGGGGAGCUGAUGCUGGGGAAAGGAGGCUUGGGAAGGGAGUGGAGGGGUAGGGUCCCUCCAUUCUGCUGUAGUUGGUGCUUUCUCCCUGCCGCACCCUGCAUGUAGGCCCAGCCCCUCCUCCCAGGUCCCAUUCCAGGGGCAGAGCGCUCCUCGCUGCAGCUACUCGGCCAGGUGCUGGUUGGGUGGGCGGGUGGGCGGGCUAGCUGGAGGCCAGGCCCUUCUGGGCUCUCAAGCACCCCCCUCUCCCCUCUCAAUCCCUCCCCCAUCCCAGCUGUCCUGGUCAUGGUCAGGAUGGGGCAGCUAGGUCAGCAUCUCACGCUCAGGAGUGGAGGUCUGGCUUUCUGCGGUCCCGUGCUGAGCAGAGGCCCCCCGUUUCUGAAGAGCACCCCCCCAGCAGGCUUCUGCAGCAUGUGAGGGAGGCCUGGGUUGCCGGGGAGAAUGGGGGCCAACUUGACCCACACAGGGUUCAGGCAAGCAGCUCCCAGCUCCUCUCUCCCAAUGGAUAGAACCUUCUAUUGGUAGUGGGCUGUACCAAAAGACCUUUGGUUGAGAGUGGCUGAGAUGAGGAGUGUCCGUUCUAGGGAGACUUCUGGCUUCCCAGCUCCAGUGUGCCCCCCCACCCCGAAAGACCAGACUGAAAGGCUCAGGGGACUGGAUGGGGCACCCUCUCAGGAGUCAGUCAGGGCCCUGAAAGCAAUUUUUCAUAACCUUUCUGCUUUUUCCAUGAGCUCUGGGGAGCACUCACCGCCAAGCCCCCCAGCCCCCUGAGAGCCACAUCCCUACCGCCUUCCCGUUCCUUCCCAAGUUUCUGCCCCAACAAAUUACCACAGCAAACUCCCUGGGUUGGGGCUUUUA